ACAAUGAAGCUUUUCACAGGCCUCAUUCUCUGCUCCUUGGUGCUGGGAGUCCACAGCCGAUGGUUUUCCUUCCUUGGUGAGGCUUAUGACGGGGCUAAAGACAUGUGGCGAGCCUACUCUGACAUGAGAGAAGCCAAUUACAAAAAUUCCGACAAGUACUUCCACGCCCGGGGCAACUAUGACGCUGCCCAAAGGGGACCUGGGGGCGUCUGGGCUGCUGAAGUGAUCAGCGAUGCCAGGGAGAAUCUUCAGAGAGUCACAGACCUUUUUAAGCAUGGAGACAGUGGCCACGGACGGGAGGACUCGGAGGCCGACCAGUUGGCCAAUAGAAUGGGCCGGAGCGGUGUAGACCCCAAUAUCUUCCGACCUCCUGGCCUGCCCAGCAAGUACUGA